AUGUUUCUGUCUCCGGAUCGCGACCUGUCGCCCGGAUUGCCCGAUCUCGGAGGACACACCUCAGCGGUCCCCGAUCGGCCUGGGUCUCCGCGCCAUCUAGGCCCAACCGGAUCGCCCACAAUUCCCACGGGAUCGCUAGAUCGACAGCCGACCAGACCCUCGUCUCCAUCCCGAGACUCGCCAUCUAGAUCGCCGGAUCGCGGGUGGUAUGCUCCUAUCGUCCCAGAUCAACAUGAGUCUCUCAGUAAUCCCAGAUCGGUCGGAUCGCUCUCGACCGACGCGGAAUUAUCAGAUCGUUCCUCCGAGCCAUUCCCGCUUCCCACUCCUCCGGCGGCCUUAGAUGCGUCCAGAUCCGACAUCUCGGCCGCUAAUGAAUCUCGUGAAAGGUCUGCUGCAGCUGUGGGCGUCACCGACUUCGUUCCCAGAGUUUCUGCCGACGACGUUCGUCUCACGAUGGCCACGAUCUCGUAUUUGUGGGAUCGAGAGGCUACCUUCUGCAGCCAAGCCGACACCAUUCAUGCGCUUCAGCAGUCCUACCGAGAUGCCGUCGCCCGGGGGGAUCGCUUACAAGACGAGCUUGAUUCGCUGUACAGAUCAGCCGUCCCUUUUAUCUCCUUCGUCCAGCGUCGAUAUGAAUGGAUGCAGGGCCGCUACGUCGACGCAGUGCAUUCUUUGAGUGAUUGCAAUCGAGCUCUGCGGGCAUAUCGAGAUCAAUCGGAGGAGAUUCGUCGGCUACGCACUUUGAUACGUGCCAACGACGAGGCUCAGGGGAACUUGGACCACAGGUGGAUGCUUUGA